AUGACGACGACCACCAUUUCACGAGUUUUAGUGGUACCAAACAGAAAACAACAACAACAAAAACAACAACACGCACGAUAUCGAGUAAAAGCGACUCGAGACGACGGCGACGACGUUCCGUUCGGGUACACGCGCUUGGACGUCAUGCUCAUCGGUGGGGGGGUGACUGGUUUAGGGUUUGCAGCCUACUACGGGUUGCAAGAAUUCGCCGGGUUCGACGCGCAGUGGGCGGGGAACGUCGUGCAGUUGACGUUCGUCAUGUUACUCACGUUGUUGUGGGUUGGGAGUUACAUUCAGAGAGUUUUUAAUAAGGACAUGACGUACGGGAAGCAGUUGAAGGAUUACGAAGAGGCGGUGAUGCAAAAGAGGUUGGAAGAGAUGCCGGAAUCCGAACUCAUGGCGUUGAUGGACGAAAGCGAAAGAGCGAAGAACGAAAAGUGA